AUGUCUGCCCUUUUCACGACUCUCGGCCUCCGCGCCUCUGACCAGCCACCCGCGAACCACGCGUCAGCCUUACUGAUGGUGAAUUGGUUCUUCGCGUAUAUUUUGUCGAGCCCCCGCGGCGCAAAGAUCCGUCUGGGUCUCGAUCACAAUGCCAACCCCCGUGAGGACUUGACUACAUACGGUGAGGCGGCCGUGCAGUCGGGGAAGAUUACCCGUCGCACCCUUGACAAGCUCAAGCGGCAGACGUCGGCGCACGCCAAUGCGCAGGAGGGGUAUACUUUGUUUGUUGCAGCGACUGUCCUCGUCUCCUUGUACGCCGGUCUCCCCAAUGAGACUAUCAACACCGUCGGUGUUUGGUAUUCGAUUUCCCGUGUCGCAUAUCACCUGCUCUACUGCAACGUCGAAUCUCAUUCUUUGAGCUUUCUGCGCUCAGCGGCUUGGUGGUCUGGGAACAUCAGCUGUCUUUAUGCGCUGGUGCAGGCCAGCAAGAAGUUGUAA